AACUCGUUGAAAACGCGUGUGAAACGAUUGAUGAUUGAGGUCGCUAGAGCUGCACUUCACUUUUUCCAUAUGAAACCAGCACCAGGCCUGGGGAAGCGCGUCAAUUUGAGACUGAUUUUGUACCUUAUCUAGGCCUAAUACAUCCCUGUUGACGCAAGACUAAACACAUUUAAAUUCUUGUGUCGCAGAGGUAAGAGAAAAGAAGCAAGAUGGAUGCAGAUUUGUACGAUGAGUUUGGUAAUUACAUUGGACCUGAACUGGAAAGUGAUUCAGAGGAAGAAGAUGACGUUGAAUCCGCAUUUCCAGACCCUGAUAUGGAUGAUGAUGAUGAUGCCGAUCACAUGGAACAUGAGCCUGUAGCGCCCACACAGGCAGUGGUUUUGCAUGAGGACAAGAAAUAUUACCCAACAGCUGAAGAGGUGUAUGGACCUGAUGUAGAAACGCUCAUACAUGAGGAGGAUGCACAGCCCCUAACUGAACCAAUCGUUGCUCCAGUUUUGAAGAAGAAAUUCACAAUGACUGAGCAAGAACUGCCAGCCACUGUAUAUAACAUGGAAUAUUUGGCAGAUAUGAUGGAUAAUCCAGAGUUGAUUAGAAAUGUCACUCUUGCUGGUCAUCUUCAUCAUGGCAAGACAACAUUUGUUGACUGUAUGAUGGAACAGACUCAUCCCGAUUUGCUCUCAUAUGAAGACAAAGACCUCAGGUACACAGAUACAUUACUUACUGAGUUAGAGCGUGGUGUGAGUAUUAAGUGUCAACCAGUGACCUUACUGACCCCUGACAUCAAAGGCAAGAAUUUCUUGAUGAACCUUAUGGAUACACCAGGUCAUGUCAACUUUUCUGAUGAAGUAACCGCUGCAUUCAGGGUGUCAGAUGGUGUUGUCAUCUUUAUUGAUGCAGCAGAGGGCAUGAUGCUAAACACUGAAAGACUCAUCAAGCAUGCAAUACAAGAGAACCUGGCACUCACAAUAUGCAUCAAUAAGAUUGAUAGGCUGAUACUGGAAUUGAAGCUACCCCCUACUGAUGGAUAUUACAAACUAAGGAACAUUAUAGAUGAGGUCAAUGGCAUAUUAAGUAUGUACUCUGAUGACACAGAGGACUUGCGGGUUUCUCCAUUACUUGGAAAUGUUUGCUUCGCCAGCUCCAAAUAUGGAAUUUGUUUCACAUUAUCCUCCUUUGCAAAGAUCUACACUGAAAGCUAUGGAGAUGAAAUAGAGUAUAAACCAUUUGCUAGGCAUCUUUGGGGAGACAUGUAUUUUAACCCCAAAACACGUAAAUUCACCAAGAGACCGGCUGCCAGUACAUCGCAACGCAGCUUCGUUGAGUUUAUUCUCGAACCAAUGUACAAAUUAUUUGCCCAGGUUGUGGGUGAUGUUGAUACUACCUUGCCAGGUGUGUUGGAUGAGCUUGGUAUUCAUCUAACAAAGGAAGAGAUGAAGCUAAACAUCAGGCCCAUCUUGAAACUUAUCUGCUCCAAAUUCUUUGGUGAUUUCACUGGAUUUGUCGAUAUGUGUGUUGAGCAUAUCCCAUCACCAGUAAUGGCAGCUAAGAAUAAAGUGGAACAUGUAUACACAGGGCCGAGUGAUUCUGAUCUGGCUGAGGCUAUGAUUGAUUGUGAUUCAGAGGGACCAUUAAUGCUGCACACAACCAAGAUGUACAGUACAGAAGAUGGGGUCAGCUUUCAUACUUUUGGGCGGGUGAUGAGUGGAACGAUCCAUUCCAACCAGGAGGUAAAAGUGCUCGGGGAGAACUACUCAUUGGACGAUGAAGAAGAUUCUCGAAUCACUUUAGUAGGACGCCUUUGGAUAGCAGAAGCUAGGUACAAGAUUGAGGUGAAUCGUGUACCAGCUGGUAAUUGGGUUUUACUAGAAGGCGUAGAUGAACCUAUCGUGAAAACAUCCACAAUAACAGAAUGCAAAGGUGUUGAGGAGGCACACAUAUUCCGGCCAUUGAAGUUCAACACAAGUUCAGUGAUCAAGAUUGCUGUAGAGCCUGUAAACCCUUCUGAGUUACCAAAAAUGUUAGACGGACUGCGCAAGAUCAACAAGAGCUACCCGUUGAUCACGACCAAAGUUGAGGAGUCUGGAGAACAUGUAGUGAUGGGUACAGGAGAACUCUACCUGGACUGUGUCAUGCAUGACCUUCGAAAAAUGUACUCUGAGAUAGACAUCAAAGUAGCAGAUCCUGUAGUAUCAUUCUGUGAGACAGUCGUUGAGACAUCCUCUCUAAAAUGUUUUGCUGAAACACCAAAUAAAAGGAAUAAGUUGACAAUGAUUGCAGAGCCAUUGGAAAAAGGACUUGCUGAAGAUAUUGAAAAUGAAGUAGUACAAAUAGGAUGGAAUAGAAAGAGACUUGGAGAAUUCUUCCAGACUAAGUACGACUGGGAUUUGUUGGCUGCACGUUCCAUCUGGGCCUUCGGGCCAGACACCACUGGACCAAACAUUCUUGUAGAUGAUACAUUGCCAUCAGAGGUUGACAAAGGCCUUUUGAAUUCUGUCAAAGAUAGCAUCGUGCAAGGUUUUCAGUGGGGAACCAGGGAAGGACCACUGUGUGACGAACCAAUCCGUAAUGUCAAGUUUAAGAUCCUGGAUGCUGUGAUUGCAUCAGAGCCUAUUAAUAGAGGAGGGGGACAAAUCAUUCCAACUGCAAGACGUGUAGCUUAUUCUGCUUUUCUUAUGGCUACUCCAAGGUUAAUGGAGCCAUAUAAUUUUGUAGAAGUGCAAGCCCCAGCUGACUGUGUCUCAGCUGUCUACACUGUACUUGCAAGGAGAAGAGGGCAUGUUACUCAAGAUGCGCCUGUACCUGGUUCUCCUCUGUACACCAUCAAGGCCUUUAUCCCAGCUAUUGAUUCAUUUGGCUUUGAAACAGAUUUGAGAACUCACACACAAGGACAAGCAUUUUGUUUAUCAGUAUUCCAUCAUUGGCAGAUUGUUCCUGGAGAUCCACUGGACAGGAACAUCAUCAUUCGACCACUUGAACCCCAACCUGCAACCCAUCUUGCUAGGGAAUUUAUGAUCAAGACCAGAAGGAGAAAGGGUUUGAGUGAAGACGUCAGUAUUAACAAGUUCUUUGACGAUCCUAUGUUGUUGGAAUUGGCUCGUCAAGAUGUUGUUCUUAACAAUCCUUUGUGAAAAAAAA